UAGAGGCUGUCCAGUCUUUUCUGUGAGUGAUCUCUGAUCAUCAGCGUCUGGCACUAACUGCCCUGCAAGUGAGCUCAGUAGAAAUGGAAAACCUACUGAAGCUGUGUCUCUUUCUUCUCUGCCUUGAAACCGCUCUCUCUGUGCAGUGCGCACUGUGUCGAACUUACAAAAAUGGAGAGUGUCUUAAUGGGAAUGGCACAUGCACUACAAGACCUGGUGAAACGUGUAUGAUCCGCAGAAUCCUGUAUGCAUCUGAAAGCCAUAAUCUGAAAAGUGCAGAGUUGAGGUGCACAGAUGUCUGCAAAUUUGAAGUAAUAUUUUAUGAAGGCCUAAUAACACAUACAUACUGCUGCAAUUCUGAAGAUUUCUGCAAUGACAUUAACUUACCAAUCAUCAUGGACUAGUGUCAUCUGGUUUCAGUUGACCUCAUCAUUCAUUUCCAUUUCUUCCUGUCUUUCUUUUCUUCCUUGGGUUUCAUAUUUUUUAAGACCAGGGAUUUUUCUAAGCCUCACAUUUUGCAAGUCAUAGAACUUGGGGACAGACAGAACUUCCUUGGUAUUAAGAAAAUGUAUCUGAUUAUAUUAGCUAAUUCUUAUUCCUGAUAUUCCCUAGACCUCAUCACCAUGAAUGUAGUUGACAUGUGGUUACAUCAAUGCAUUUGUCACACCAGAAGGGCUCAGCAAAACAGAUGAGUAGAUAAAAGGAUGGGUAAAAUGUCAGAAAGAGGGGGAACAUUCCCAGUACCCUAAAACAUGGGUUUCAGAAAUUGGUUGCAACUAUUUUGCAUCGUGACUUACACUUCCAGGGACAAAUUUAAAGCAGGAAAGAUUGUUGCAGACGACAGUUUCAGUCCUUCAUUGUCUUGUUCCAUUGCCAUCAGCCUAUAAUAAAACUAAACAUGAAACGCCAUGACAUACCAAAACUUCUCACCUCAUGAUGUCCAGGAGUAGCAAGACAGAGGAUAAGGUAAGACAAGGAUGCUAACAAAACACACUCGAUGACCUGUUCUAAAAGUAAGACUCACAACUGAAAAUAAAGACGUCUAGAUGGUCUUAUUCCCAAGAAUGAUGAAAAUCACUGCUACAAGGUUGUAAUACCAAGUUUCACUCAGUGAAGAAUAUCUCCACCUUUUGCUUCUGUUAUAUAGCU